CGCAAUAAUUUGAGUUGUGCAACUAAACAUCGACCUAGUUUAUCGACCUAGCUGGAGUGUCGAGCGUGUUUAUUCGGUUUUUGGGGCCGUUGCAAUUUGUGUGGAGGCUGUACGUGCAAUUAACUAGUCGCUCCCUGAGAUCUAACCCGUGAAUCGAGUCGUCGGGCGUGUCAGAGUCGGUGUUAUGAGCACCCGCCAAGAUCGCGGCGGUGGCAGGCCAGGGAAGAGAACCCGCUACGACCAAAGGCGGGGCUACGACCCGGGAUCCGGUCCAGGAAGACAGCUGGGCGGCGGCGGGAGCUCUGGGCGCUACAACAGCGGGAACGGUCAUGACCCUCCCCCGCGUUUCGCACACAGACAUCACCGCAGCAGCGACUCCGGCUCCCGAGACGGUGGCUACUACUAUGACGAGGGAGGAGGCGGCGAGAGGGGAGGAGGGAGGAGAGGCGGUGGCUACUCGGGGAAGGGGAGGUAUGAGAGGGAGUGGGGGGGAGGCGGCAGCGGUGGAGGUGGCAGAGGGUCUAUUCCCAAGUCUACUUAUGAUGACGUGGUCCAGGUGCUGGGGAAACUGGAGACCUCUACUGACAUCGACGGAAGCUGCCGAUUGGCCCACCAACUGCAGGACAUUCUGGAGGCUGCUGAGUACAGAACAACACAGACGAUUGCUAGGAAUGUGGAAGAUAUCCUCAGAUCACUAGAGAACAUCAUUUUCAACUGUGUCGAAGAUGGAGAAAAGGAGUUGUGUGUAUGUCUGGAGCAGUCCAUAGGUCACAUUGGCAAGUGCCUCGGCCGCGACAUACAGAGGGUGUAUGAGUGGGUGUUCACUCACGCCCAUUCUGAGGACCUGGCUGACCCAGUCAAGGCCGUCUUCAUCAGAGGACUCCACGAAGUUCUCUCUUCUGACUCGGCCAAGUCUCAAGGACCUCUCAUGCAGUACACAGCUGAGAAUCUCCAGAUGGUAUUAGAGGUGGCAGAGUCACCAGCUCUUCUGGAGGCAGUCGUCAAGAGUAUCACAACUCUCUCUCAAACCUCUCCACAAUUUUUCGCCCAGCACUUCAAAAACACGGUUGACAUACUGGUAGGCUGGCACAUAGACACCCAGCAGAAGCCGUCGCUCAUCUCCUACAUCUCCUCGGCGCUCGUCUCUCUGAGGGAAUUCUGGGUGGAGAGAGAUGGUGUUCUCCGUGGGGCUGCUGAAGCAGUUCCUCGAGGACACAGAUGUCUUAAUGUCACUGUUGCCAGACUCAUUAUUAUUUAUCAAGAUGCAUAUCAGACGGGCUCAGGGUAGUCCUCAUCCAUAAGCACCGUGUUGUCCUUUUUGUAGGGUGUUCACAACAGUUCUGGAGGCUCUGGGGACCUCAUUCUCUCCUUCCAGCUGUCCCGACCUCACCCCAGCAUACGUACAGAAUAUCCUGACCCGCAUCGUCCACUACGUCCUGUCGGCCACAGACGUCACUCUCUCGGAGGACCUCCUGGUCUCCGGAAACAAAUGUGUCACCCAGCUCUGUCACUGCCUCCAGAAUCACGCCACGCCCAGCGCCACCAUGGUCGCCGGCUACGUCGUGAAGCAGCUGCAGGUGUGGGCGGGUCCCUCUCACGACCUCGCCCAGUCACUCGUCAAACUCGUCAAUCAGCUGGUGGAAGACUUGCAGGGCUCUCUGCCGACCCAGUUUCUGCAGCAGAUAUUCUCAAAAGCCUCACCCGUCCUCCACCUCCGAUAUUGUGCCAACUCCAAGCUACUGAACCAGUUGGUGAAGCUGUACCAGACUGUACUGUCCAUCAGAAACAUACCUCUCCUGGAGACCAUGUACCAAUUGAUUGUCACUGACUUGGAGGAGGCAUUUCGUCAGCUGGAGCUGUUCCACAGCCCGAAGAGGACGGAUGUGGAGGGGAGUUUGGGUCCUAUUGAGAUCCAAUCGACCAUCAUAUUCGACCUGGUGGUACUGUCGCAGCUAGCCAACACCAGCAAGGCUGUCAUCGAGAUGUGGUCCCCAACUCCUAGUGUGUUCUCUCUACUGGUGGAGAGACUGGAGAGCCUCACCCCCUCCCUGGCCAGCGAGUACCCCGCCCUCCACCACGCCUUGCUCCACGCUCUCUACCAAGACUGCCACAUCAAUGGCUACUACAUCCCGGGAGCCGGGGGGAGCAGUGUGUCGGUGGGCGUGGCCUCGCUAAACCCCGCCCACUCCCAGUCGGGCAGCAUCACGAAAGUCCUGGCCCUCCUCACCAAACAGAUGCAGCUGUUCACUCUCUCUUUUGACACUUGUCGGUUGGUUCAGAGGUGGGUGGACUACAUGCUGGGAGCUCUGGUGACUGCCGGUAGAGACCUGCAGGAGAAGGUCACCCCUCUCCUUGACAACCUCACCUGCCAGCUCCUUGCUCUCUGUUUUUCCCGGGAACACUCCAUUCGUCUGGAGAAUGCAGCUGUUCUGAAGGCACUGUUCCAGAGUCAACUCAUCAGUGACGAUGUCAUCAUGAAGUGUGUACCAGAGUGUCUUAUCAGACUGUGCGACACGAGAGGUGAAAUAAGGGCGGCCUACUCUGCCCUCCUCGAGGUGGUCCCCACCCACAUCCUGACCAGCUUCUCCAACGGGAUCGACACGUUUCAGCCGCCGAACGGCCGGAAAGGUGUGGAUGGCGUGAGGAGUUGCCGCGGGACCUGGCACGCCCGUCGGGUGCACAUGACCAAACAGAGUCAGGUGACCUUCCACGGGCACCACUUCAAGGCCGUCAUGGGCUUCAUCAUGCACGGAUAUGCUCCCAGCAAGCAUCUUCCAGACGACUGGCUGGAGAGGAUGUACCACUCUUGCCAGCACCGACAGCCAAUGGUGGCAGAGUCCCGGGACCACCCCGAGCAGCAUCCACAACUCAUGAGCCACAUGGUGUGCAACUGCGACGCAGUGCUGUGGUUCUGGGCCACGUACGAGUCUGCCCAGUACUGUCUGCUGGCUCGACUGAGGACGCCUCUCGGAAUGCCCCCAGAAACCUUCACCGCCAUUGAGAGUGGGUAGUAAUCUGUGAUUCCACUGCGAUUCCAACUUCCGGCCUUUCCACGCACAUUGAAGGGUGUAUUAGUGUGGGCAUCAAGUACAUGUCUUAUGUACAUACAUACAUACAUUCAUAUGCCAUGCCGAGCCUACCUAGUCGUCUGAAUGCGAGAAGUAUUUGACAGGCGCUCCAUAUUUACCUGAUGUGCGCAGA